AUGUCCGACGUCCCACCAACCGAGUCCAAUCUCAAUCCAGAAGAACCGAAAGCACCAGCCCCUGCACCUCAGUUCCAGCAAUUCCAAUCUCAAUCCAAAUUACUACCAAUCUCAAUCCAAAUCGAAGAAGGUCUGAACCGCUUACGCAAAGAGUAUGCUACAGCUCCAACCCUUGGUUGUUCCAGCAAUUCCAAUCUCAAUCCAAAUCGAAGAGAGACCAAGAGUUCGAAGAAGGUCUGA